UUUGGUAUAACAGAACAAAACUUUUUUUUAUUCAUUAAGUUCAUUUUCUAAAUCAUAGUUUUUAAGCAAGCUGAUCACCAUUUGAUAACAAUUGGACUAUAAUUGUAAUUUUUGUUGUGAUUCCCACAAAUUCAGCAUCAUUAAAUUGUAAGUAUAUUGAGCAUUUCUGAGCUACCUGUAAGUUCAUAAUAGAUCUAUCCUUCUGUUAUUCUAUAUUUGUAUUAUUCAUUUAACGAUUGAAAGAACCUAGAAAAUCUGAUUUAUCAUCGUUAUAUAGGUCUCUUGACUUUCAAAUACACCAUCAAAUUCUGCAUGUUUCCUUUUGAAUGCUGGAUACUAUUUAUAUAGUGCCUACUUCUUGAUAUUUUUUAUAGAACAUUCCAAAAUCUUGAUUUUACAAGUGUGAAAAUGCUGUUCAAAUAUAGCUGUUUAAGAUUUUUCUUCAUGUUUUUCAUCUUUUGGAAGUGGAACUUUGUAAAAGGGAUGGGGUUUGAAUCCUGUCAUUUUAACACUAGCACCAGCUUUGUCAUGUGUGAUUGCAGUAACCUUGGCCUGACAGGCAUCACUGAACCGUUGAGAGCUGAUGUUACUGUUCUGAUUCUCCGCAACAAUAGUUUGCAGACAAUUUCUGCAGAUGUCUUUGUGGAAGCUAGCAAUUUGAGACAUCUGGACCUAUCGCAUAAUCAACUAACAAGCAUCCAGGAAAAUACAUUUUCAAAUCUACCUAAAUUGAGACGGUUGUAUUUAUCAAACAAUUUAAUCAUCAGUUUUGAUUCAUCCUCACUUCGAAACUUACAGAAUCUUAAAGUUUUGCAGAUCAAUGACAACCGAUUGUCUGCCAUUCCAAAUUUGAAUGAUUUAAGUGCUUUGUUAGAUCUUCAACUUCAAGGAAAUUCAUUAAAUAGCAUUAUCGCGACAGAUUUUCAAGUUUCACGAAAGCUACAAUAUCUUGAUCUGUCGCGUAAUCAAAUCCAUUCCAUUGGAGUCCAGGUUUUUGGAAAUAUGAAUAAUUUGGUGCAUUUAAACCUGAGUAGAAAUCAGCUCAGGACUCUAGAUCCAGCAACUUUUGAAAGACAGGUCAGUCUUGAAGGCUUGGACAUUGCUUACAAUUGUUUAAGAACCUUCAACCUUACAAUCUUUAAUGGACUAAGCAGUCCAAAAAUUAAAGUACUCAAUCUUACUGGCAAUGACUUGUAUUCGCUGCCUUCCAACCUUUUCGAAAGACUGGAGUAUCUAACCAACUUACAGGUUGCUGACAACAAUAUACAGGCAUGGAAACAAUCUUUUUUUUAUUACGCAACCACUUUAGAAGUUCUUAAUCUAGCUGGCAAUAGCUUAGACAAUUUAGACAAAAAUAUGUUCUCUAGGCAACAAAGACUUCGUGUUCUAAAUCUUUCCAGAAACCGAAUUGAAGAUGUUAAAGAAUCACUUUUAGACAUUAUGACUUUGGAGAGUCUUGAUUUAAGUUCCAACAACAUAAGGAAGCUGCCUACGAAUCUACUUUCUGCUCCUUUGCAACUUAAAGAAAUAUUUCUGUCUGGAAACCUUUUAAAUUCUACACCUGAAUUCGCUUUUUACUUAAAUCUAGAAAUAAUAAGAUUGGAUGAGAACAGGAUAACAGGAAUGUAUAAUGGUGACUUUGAUAAGUUGAGAAUGCUCACUCAACUUGAUCUCAGUAAGAACUACAUACGUGAAGUGCAAGUCGAUGCGUUUAGUGGAGCAACAUCACUAACUUCCAUCAACCUAAGAAGAAACGAAUUACAAACUUUACCAACUGAACUUUUUAGACGCCUCCAACAACUGGUGACCCUUGACUUGAGGGAAAAUCUAUGGCAGUGUGACUGUGUACUAUUUGAUUUUCUUCAGUCUCUUCCAAACAUGCUUGAGUUAGUUGCCUCCUCCGAAGUCUUGUGUCGAACACCCCCCUCACUUGCCGGUCAACCGAUUGAUGAUAGUGUACGUGAAUUGUGUUCAGGUGUAGAUACGCAAAUAGGCAGGAAUGCGCGCACAAUUCAUGUAAUUGCAAUUACUGUCACUGUUGUUGUUGUUAUUGUUGGUUUCUUCUCAGUUUUAUUUCUACGCUUUUGGAUCAAACACAAAGGUGAAAAAGACACUUUUCAAUUUGGUGUACCAUCACAGGCUCAACACCCGACAACUCAAGCACGAACCGGUACCUUACCCUUGCCUCCCAGUUCUGAAGAUGAUAAUGUGCAAAAUUCAGAACCCUUUCCUUAUUAUCUCAGCAUUGAUACAUUAAGACCUGAUGCGAAAAAUCAGUAUGAUACAAUUCAAAGAAUGCCAAACCAAAAUAUGUUUCAUAACAAUGGAGUGGACUAUGGAACUGAUGGGUAUUUGUCAGCAAGUGAAAUUGGACCAUCACAUUACACCCCAAUGUCAAACAUAUACUUGCAACCCAAGAAGGUAACAGCCCAGAAUGAAUCAAAAAAGACUUCUACGAUGGCAAAUGCUAUGCCUAAUAUUGAAGACACUUAUCUCCAAAGAGUACCGAAAGCCGGCUGGCAAACAACUUUGAGACGAUGGUUUGAUUUUUACCUAAUCAAGACCUUCAGUGUGAUAUCUUGGUUAAUAUUCUGGUGUUGGAUUUCUAUUUUUCAGAAGACACUCUUUUUUAUGAUGGCCAUAUGUAAGUUAGUUGUUCUGUUUUUGACAUUGAUCCCUGUGAGUUCUCAGUCAACAGGUUCAUCUUGUAAAGCAUACAGCAAACUCUCAGGGACAUACUACAACUGCUCUGGACGAGGUGUUAGAAGUAUACCAAUGAACAUUCCGUACCAAACGGAGACACUUUUGCUCAAAGAUAACGCCAUAAAACAGGUGCGCUCAAAUGUCUUUGUAACUCUCACCAAUCUUCACUCGUUGGACCUCUCCAAUAAUCGUAUUAAUAACAUUCAAAUGAGUGGCUUCCUAGGCUUGACAAAUCUGCAGAUAUUGAACUUAUCUGGUAACAGUCUUGUCCAGCUGCCUGUGGAAUUAUUCCGCCCCAUUCGUGGUCUGGAGACACUGAUCUUGUCGAAUAACAGGAUUGAAUAUAUCCAGGUAGAGUUGUUUAAAGAUCUUGCACAGUUGACCACUUUAGAUUUGUCAAAUAACCGGAUUAAAAAGAUACAUGAUAAUACAUUCUCUGAUCUGAUACAUCUUCAAGAGCUCUAUUUACAAUCCAACAGUAUCUCUACACUAACGGACAAUACUCUUAAUGGACUGUUGGAGUUGGAGCUGCUAUAUAUGAAGCAGAAUAAACUCCUUUCCAUAUCAUCCGAGUUUCAGCUGCUGACACGUCUGAAAUUUCUCGACCUUGGAGGUAACUUCAUAACCACCAUAGACCCGGAUGCUUUUAACAAUUUCGGCCGUCUCACUGAGCUUGGACUCGAGAACAACAACUUGUCUUCAGUUCCACGAGCAGUUGGGCAGUCAUCUUCGUUGCAGCUCACAUUGAGGGAGCUUUAUCUUGGAAAUAAUCCAAUUCGAGAAGUUCCUGAUUCUGCAUUCGGUAGGUUUACGUAUCUUGAAGAUUUACAGUUGGAUCAUAUGAAGCUGUCGGAACUGAACGUUGAUGCAUUCAAAGGGAUGCCAAAGCUGCGUCACUUAUGGCUAAAUAGCAACAAGUUGAAGACCAUUCAGAAAGAAACAAUUAUUCCUCUCAGACAUCUAUUAAAACUACAGUUAGAUGAAAAUUAUUGGAAUUGUGACUGUAGUUUAUUUGGGUUAGUCCAAUACUUAGACCAACACCCAGAAUUAAAUGCUAAAGCUAAAGGGGAAAUCCCCUGCCACACUCCACUCAUACGUGUUGGCCAACCAAUCACAACAGUCCUUGAGCUGUCAUGUGAUUUGGAAAGUGAAAAUUUCCAAUCUAGGACGUCAUCAGACCCACCAAAAGAAAUGACAAAGAAACAAGCUCUUUUGGUUGCCAUACCAACAACAUUCGUGAUGACAAUUACUCUAAUGCUAUUGCUGUUGAUUGCUAGUUGUUCCGCCAAAAAGUGGAUACAAUCGUCUGUGAAAGAGAAACCAGUGAAUAUGCAAGCUAGACUACGCCGCCAUCAAAAUGUACAAAGGGAACACUCUAAAAAUUACGGAUUUGAAGUUCAAGCAUAUGCCACACUUGAGCCCCCUGUUCCAAGCCCUCUACCGACCAGGAAAACUUUACAACCCUAUGCUUAUGCAUACGUUGAUAAAAGAGGAAGCAUGCAAGCUACAGUUAAUAGUUUCAAGUUACAUUCCAUAAACAUGCACAAAAAAAGUGUAUUAUCUAUCAGCGUGAUAUUUCUAAUUUUGAAAUUCAGUAUUAACUUUCCAAUGAUUGAAAGCCAAGAAUUUGAAGUAUUGACUGGAUCUAUAGAGGUUGAAGUUUGCAGUUUAAAUCAUCGUUUGGAAUUCUGUUUUAACGAUGUAGUCGAACGUGGUUCAUCUUCAAAAACGUCAUCUAGAAUUCAUUUUAACUUGAACCCUUCAAUUGAGGGUUUAACAAAACAUCUCACCAUUCGCAUUGAUAUGGAUUGUAAAAAUUGCGACUUACUAAACUUUAUCACCAAAUUACCACUUGUUUCAGAGUAUGAGACAAAUUUUACUGAAUGUGCUUCAGGGAAUAAGAUCAAUAGCAUGUUGGGAGAUAUUUAUCAGGAUUUGAUUGGUGGAGACUCAAUUAAUAGCAGUUGCUGUUGGAACACAAACAGUUCUACAUGCUGGAAUAUUACUUGUAAAGAACUAAGUAGGAUCACGACUCUGCCUCUGCCCACGGAUCCACAGCGACACAUACUUGCUAUCUUAGUAGUAGUAAUUGCUAUUAUUGUUGUAAUUUCAAUUAUUGCAAUUUUUGGAGUGUAUAGACAUGGAAAACGGAUGAUAGUUGAACUUGAAAAUGACACCCAGCACAGGUCUCGAAUACAGCCAGGUUCCUCAAUGCCUUCAAUCAAUAUGAAUAUGUCAGACGAAUCUACGGACCUGGAGGACUCUGGUCCAGUUCCUAUGGCGAUAGAAAUUGUCGAACCAAGUAAGAUCAAACCAACAAGCUUUGCGAUGAUUGGGAAUCCAUUGAGUCGGAAGCGUUCCGUUGACAGUAAUGGAUAUGCUGUACCUGACGUUCACAGCAUUAGAUCCCUGAAUGGCUUUCCUAAUAGAAAUAUGUCUACUAUUGAAAUAAACAGUAAUAAUGUCCAGGAUGGCUUUGGUAAUGGACAUAUGCCUGUCAUACCGGAAGAUGAAGAUGGAUAUUUGAUGCCAAAUCAGCAAAGCCAUCAGCGUAAAAAGGUCAUUGGCUACUUUACUAGAGUGCCGUCGGAUAUUGAUGAAAGUGAUGCCUAAGAUAAGGGCGAUUUUUUAAGACAUCUAAGUUUAUUUGUUACAUUUGUGUGAUGUGGCCUUACACUGUAUGGACAUGAUAAUGUCAUAUUACCAGAGCUCUAUCAGAUGUUUGUAGUUGCUACAGAAAUUUUGCCUAAUUAAGAAUGUAUGGAAAUAGUCCAGAAUACUACAAAUAAUUAUCAAUAGGCCUAUCAAUAGGUGUACACAUCACUGUCUUAGGUCCAGAAUAAAUUACGUUUCCAUGAGGGUUUCGCGAGCAAUGUUUUGAAACACGUUUCCUAGUUUGCAAAUUAUCGCGCUUGACUAUCCUGCUAGUCUGAACGCCCGGCAAAAUUAAGCCGGGCUUGACGUUGAGUCGGGCUUAACUCAAGCCUGGCUUAUCUCCAAGUCUGAACGUAGCCAAAGUGUGAAGAAAGCUUUUGAAUUAGAGUACAAAUAAGUAUGAAACGUCGCAAGUACGUAUAAUUUAUUGACGUUGACGUAGGAAAAAUUUAAUUUGAUUCACAAUAUAGGUUACUAUGUUGCUACACAAAUUUCUCAAGUUCAUAAAAUGCAUUUCUGUAACUGUGUCUUCAGAUUUCCGUAGUUCAUGUAAAUGAAAUAUUUCUGUAGCAAGAUAUAAGUUGCUCAAAAUUGCAGGUGCAUCUGUGGAAUUUCAAACAAACUUGACAGAAUGAAGAUUUAUUGGUCAUUAUCCAGGAUGAUCGGGCCAAUUUCAUUGGGUCCGAUCAUCCUGAAAAUGUUCUGGACUCUAUACCUCUUAAACAUGAAUAAUGCAUGUACUCACAUGUUAAACGAGUCAUCUUCUUUAGCCGCAAACAUUUUUUUUUUCACUCUCGAAGCAAUGUAACAGGAUAAACUUCUAACUACAUGUAGUAAAAUAAUAAUAAUGCAUGUACUCACAUGUUAAACGAGUCAAAUCUCUGUAGUAUUUUUAUCUAUUUCUGUACAUCUCUAAUUAGCUAAUAUUUUCAUAGAAAAUAGGCCAAACUAUAGAAGUUCCGUAGUUUAGAAAGCUAAACUGUAGCUUUGCUGUGCAGGCACACGGCCAUAUCAACAGUUUGGUUAGCGUUACUCAAUAACUAGGGGUAUUUCUCGGUGUUGUGACAUUAGGGACGCAGAACUCUAUACCUCUAAUAUGAAUAAUGCAUGUACUCACAUGCAUGUAACUACAUGUAGUAAAAUUCAAACCUAAUAGGUUGUAAAACUAUCUUGUAAAUCUUGCCAUAGUAAGAUGCUUUUUAAUGAUCAUUAAGAAUUUCUACUUAAUGUUACAAUAUUUCAGUGGUGUAUCUAGAGGUGUGGGGCGCACCCCUGCUAAAGGAGCUUGUUCCCCUCCCUAUUGAAAAGUUAGAAGCAUAAAAAUCAUACUCAAGUACAGCAGUUUAAAGUUUUUUUUAUAUCACCUUAUUUUGUGAGCUAGCACCCACCCACUUAAUCAUCAAGCUUCCCCCUUCACCUUUAUGCUUUCCCCCCAAGUCCCCUAUUUCAAGUAUCCUACUGUAGAUACACGACUGGAAUAUUUACAGUUUAGCAAGAUUGUAGGUAUAGAAUGCUUGUGAGUAGUGAAAGAUGGUGGUAAUGUAUAUAUUUAUAACAUAUUGUAAUUAACUCUUAGAAUUGGUAUGUAUAUAUUAUUUAAUGUACUGUAUAUUUGUAGUCCUUCAAUUCUCAGAAGGACUUUUCCACAAUGGAACAUAUAACUUUGCAAUAAUGGAAAUCUAUUUCCUAAAAUUAUUUAUUUCUAUAGGCUAAAAAUUAUUUAUUUCUGUUGUAGGCACACUGUCUGAAAUAUGAUUUAUUUAAUGGUACCUACUAUAUGCAGAAAUUAGUGCCUUAUACUGUAUUUAUAUUGUGCAUAUUUAAUUUUUUAAAUAAAUAUUGCAAGCAUUUGUCAUAACUGUUUUGUUUUCUUUCUUGGGGGUAGAGAGUGGGGGAAUUGUGUUUCUGCAUGAUAAAUACUUCCCAGCUAGUGUAGAGAGUUAUUUGUUGUGUUACAGUAGUUGUUGAGCACAGUAAAAGUAAUAUUAGAACUUGGCAUAGAGUGAUAUAAAAGCAGUCCAU